UUUGCUUGAGGCCAUGUGUGCUCACUUCUGUCCCUCUGCAGCCUGGGAUCUACAGACACAGAGAGCCACUGAGACAAGAAGGUUUGUAGCAUGUCUGGACCAAAACCACAAGUUGUCCAUUCGAUUCCAAAUUAUACCCUGACCCGGCUUGCACGAGAGUGGCUGGCAGAGGACACUCCGAACUUUGACCCGGCAGGAGCCUGCGUGGGAUCAGAGGAAGUGGAGGCAAAGUUGUUGUGUAAAACUCCACACACCGUGCUGGCAGGAAGCCCUUUCUUCACAGCAGUGUUCACUGAGGUGGGCUGCACAGUGGACUGGAUAUACCAGGAAGGAGCGGUGAUCGGUCCAGAUGCUGUCACUGUGACUGCUGUGGUGAGGGGCCCAGCGAGAUGCCUUCUCCUCGGGGAGCGCCCUGCUCUAAACUGCCUGAGUCGUGCCUCGGGGAUUGCCACCCGCUGCUCUCAGCUCAAACUGAUGGCAAAGUCUGCCGGCUGGCACGGAGAAGUGGCUGGCACCCGUAAGACCACCCCCGGCUUUAGGCUGGUGGAGAAGUACGCCAUGCUGGUGGGCGGCAUAUCCAUGCACAGACAGGACCUGAGCGGGAUGGUGAUGCUGAAGGACAACCACGUCUGGGCAUCGGGGAGCAUCACAAAGGUCGUGAAAGUGGCGCGCUCAGUGUGUGGCUUCAGCAGUAAGAUCGAGGUUGAGUGCUGCUCCACAGCGGAAGGAAGAGAGGCAGCCGCAGCUGGAGCAGACAUAAUCAUGUUGGACAACUUUCAGCCACAGGAGCUUCAUGUUGCAGCGCGAGACCUGAAGAACGAGUUCCCAUCUCUUCAGAUAGAAGCUAGCGGAGGGGUCAUUCCUGAAAACUUAGCUUCAUAUUUCUCCUCACAUGUAGACAUUAUUUCUCUGGGCUGCAUCACUCAGGGAUGCCCAGUUUCAGAUUUCUCUCUGAAAGUUCAAAAGCCAGAUACAAAGAAGUGAUUACUAAACGAACUGUUGAUGCAAAACAACAACAACAAGAAAACACUCUAACUUUUCGACUUUUGUGAAGUUACAACUACAAAUGUCAAUGUACUUUAUGUGACAGAGCACCACAAAGCAAUACAUAAUUGAGUAGUGGGAGGAAAGUAACAGAACAGUGCAAAAACAAAAAAGAAGACAUAAAAUACUGCACUUGUUUGCAUCUGGUGCAGUUGACUUUAUUAUAAGAGUUAACUGGCAACCCCCCCUCCUUGCAAACAGUGAAACAUGGUGGUGCAGCAUUAUGGGUUGGGGAUACUUUUCGAAGCAAAAUUUUAGGCCAUUCUGGGAGAGAAAUAUACAGUUUAACCUUGCAAAUAUGGUGGGGAAAUAGAUUGAUGUUUACUGGUAGAUUAUGAUUUAAUGCAAAUAGAUUCAUGUGUGCAUAUGUUUUAGCAGAGCACUGUAAAUAAAACAAAACUCUUGUUUCUGUUGUGGAAAAGUUGCA